UGUGUUUGCAAAUGCAGUCACUCUAAACAGCUAGAAACGAGCAACUAGGAUGAGUUUGAUGCGUGUGGGCGGCCGUGUGACGGCACUGCGACAGAAAUUGGGCGAUAAAUUCGUGCUGCCCGAGCGUUUCAAAGACACUUUUGUCGAGAAAUGGUUCAAAUACUGGAACGGCCUGGUGCGUGACUACUCGGAGGUGGCCAUCGGCGUGGUCAAGGAGACAUAUACCAAGCCAAAGAAGUCUCUUGCAUACGGCACCGGCAUCCUGUGCAUGUACAAAGCGGCCCAGCACAACCCCGACGACGAGGCCUUCAUGACAGUGCUGCGCCGUCAAACGAAUCGCAUGAUUAUGGUGGCACCCGAGCUACAGAAUCGCGUGUCGGCAGACUAUCUGCUUAUGCUGGAGCGUGCCAUAAACCAAAAGAAGCUGCGCUUCCUCUCGCUAGGCAUCUGCACGCUGGUCUGGGUGGAUCUCUAUGCCGAGGACGACUGCACAUAUCCAGCCAUCUGCGAAUUCACCAAAGUCGGAUACCUAAACUUCCACGAGCGCGUGAUCGAUGUGGGCUUCUGCAACGAGUUCUGGCGCCUCAAGUGGAAGAUGCGCGACUACGAUGUCAACUACCUGUGAUGGAUGGAUGGAGGGAGUAGUGCACCUCUGCCUUAGCUAGCUUUAAUACGAAAUUGUUCAUUGCUUUGUACAACUGACUAAAUGACUUCCCUGUUAAUUGUUCCCUGCAAAACGGGCC